UCGCAUCGAUCAGUCACAGUUUGCAAACAGUCCCGAUCGAGACAACGCGAUCGUCCGGAGGUUUUCAAGGUACUCAAUAGUGGGGAAAAACAAGUGGUGUUUUCUUUCUCAACGAAAAACCAAACAACGAAACACAGCGCAACCAAAAUGAAAGUUUCCAUUGUAGGAUCCCUUCUGCUGCUGCUGGUUACUGUCGCUUCCGCCUCGUACUGGCACUACGUCCCCCCAGACACCCCCGAGGUUCAGCAUGCCAAGGCCGAACAUUUGGCCGCCCAUGCGCACGCUCGUGGUGCCGUCGGGGAGGGACCAAUGGACACCCUUGAGGUUCAGUAUGCCAAAGCGGAACAUCUUGCCGCACAUGCUGCUGCUAAGGCUGGCCACCCGCUUCCAGUUCCGGUCCGCCUGCCAACUUGGCACGAACUUGCCGCCGGUGCUGUUGGUCAUGAUUCGUGGCACGGAAAGAGCGCCUGGCAUGGAGCUUACCACGUCCCGGUGAUCCACAAUGGAGUCCCAGUUGACACCCCCGAGGUUCAGCACGCCAAGGCAGCCCAUCUGCAUGCCCUGGCUGCCGCCGGACACGGACACGGAUAUGACGCGGGACACGAAGACGAUGGCUCCUACAAGCCACAUCUGUACGAACACGCCCCGACAUUCUGGGUUCCAUGGGAUCGGACUGAGGAAUCGAUGGCUGUCCAUUUGUCAACGGAAAACUUGUUUGAGGGUAACUGCUCGGGACUGGAUUCUGAUUGCUUCUUCUUGAUUCUUCAGGAUGAUGUUUCGAUGGUGCUGAUAGUGCUACGUUAUUCAACUUUCCACUCCCCAGCCCGUCAGAUAUCGGUAACUCAUCGAUCGGUGACGGAUGUUCAGGUAAUGACGGUGUUACAUGCGGUUCUCCCUUCACUGACGGCACGGGUUGAUUACGUGACGGAAUACAUGACUUCGUACGACCAAAUGACGUUAACGAUGAAAGCAUUCAUCGUGGGAUCCGUUCUGCUGCUGGCUUCCGCCGCAUCCGCCGCCUACUGGCAUCACGUUCCGGCCGACACUCACGAUGUGGCCGCCGCAAAGGCCGAACAUUUCGCCGCUCAUCAGUCCGCACGAGCAGCCGUUGGAGCGGGACCUUUCGAAACACCAGAAGUACAGCACGCAAAGGCGGAACACUUUGCCGCCCAUGCCGCUGCCCGUGCCGGACACUCCGGCUCGGACUCCGGGUGGCAUGCCGAUGAAUCGGUCGUCGCUGCUCGGGAUUGGCACGGUGAGGGUGCCUGGCACGGACCACAGCACAUUCCGGUGAUCCACAAGGGAGUUCCCGUUGAAACGCCGGAAGUGCAGCACGCCAAGGCCGCUCAUCUGGCCGCACUCGCUUCCGCUUCCGAUAGUGGAGCUCACCACUGGGGCUCUCACCACGAGCAGGAGACGGAGGAGGACGAUGGCUCGUACAAGUCCAAGUGGGAACACCACAAUUACUGAGUGAUCUGAUUGCACUGUUAACUCCUUUUCCCCCCAAAAAAAAAAAAAUCCCUGAGUUAGUGACCUCUCCUUUCCCCCCCAAACCAACUAUCGUAAAAAACUUUAAAAAUGAAUCGCGCUUAUAACACAUUGCUAAAGUUAGAGUAAUAUGAAACAGCUAUUGAGUGGAGUGCAACUGUCGAGCAGACGAAGAGUAUUCCCAACUGAAACUUAAGUUGCAGGAAUAGCUUCUCGAAUUCACAAUCAAACAUCAUGCACCUCAUUUUCAUGUGUUGAAUAAAUCGAUGUGUUCUCAUUUUUAAAGCAAA